AUGCCAGAGAUCAGACCUGGGACGGGAAGUGACAUCACCAUGUCGAUGUAUAUCAGCAGUGUGUCUCUCAUGGACCGAGGCGACGGACCCGCUCAAGCGGUGAUUGACCGUAACGCUCGGUCGCUCGCACAGAGAAUCGCAGACGACACCAAACAGGAACUGGAGAAAGUGCUCGGACGUGUGGACAAUGUGGUUGGAUCGUACGAAAUGACUACUGACAUUUAUGGGUCUUCCAAUCUGGAGUAUGUUAAUGACUUGAGUGAAUUGGCAGAACUCCUAAAGGAUCAAGUGAAGAAAAAGAAAUAUCAGCAGCAGGUGACGAUAUUCGUGGUUGGUUUCCAAGAUGUGUGUGGUCAGCGGCUCACCCUGCUCAAACAAGUCAAUGAGUUCUUUAUGGAAAACUCAAAGUCGAUCGAGGAUGAGGACUGGUUUCCAAAGACUCCUGACCUUGACCUUGAUGACGUACAGGACUCCAUCGAGGAGUCCCUCGACACAGCUUACACCCUGACGCGGCGACUCGGGGAACUGAACCGCGAGAUCGUCGAUUAUCUCGCCACGUACGCAGAGAAGAAGGCUUCGAGCAAAGGGAAGAAGAAGCUGGAGAAACUGUUACAGCAAACCAAGGACGAGGUGUUCAGCCUUCAGGAGAAACUUUUAAAUCUUCAGACCGAGGUGGAAGAGAAGGAAGACAAGAUGCAGGCUCUGUUCCGACAGCUCGAGUCGAAGACCUUCGAGAUCCAGCGAUUCAGAACAGCCGCCGAGGUCGCCAAGUCUCCACACUGCAUGGUGCAUGCCAAGAAAACAUGA